UCCGGAAGCGAGGGGGCGCUGUGCCAACGCGGGCACAGUGCGGGGCUGGCGCCGCUCCUUCCUGCAGCCCGAGGCGCGACCGCCAUGGCGCGGAACGUGCUGUACCCCUUGUACCAGCUGGGUGGGCCCCAGCUCCGCAUAUUUCGAACCAACUUCUUCAUUCAGCUGGUGCGGCCUGGCGUGGCCCAGCCUGAAGAUACCGUGCAGUUCCGGAUCCCUAUGGAGAUGACCAGGGUGGACCUCAAGAAUUAUCUCGAACGCAUUUACAAUGUGCCUGUGGCUGCUGUGCGCACGCGGGUGCAGCAUGGCUCCAACAGCAAGAGGGACUAUAGAAAUGUGAGGAUCAAGAAGCCAGAUUACAAGGUGGCCUAUGUGCAGCUGGCCCACGGUCAGACCUUCACUUUCCCAGACCUAUUUCCCGAGACAGAACCCAGCCCAGCUGAUAAGGAACAGAGCGACUUCCUGGAAGAUGUGAAUCAAAGGAAGAGCAGAGAUGUCCGACGAGGUGGUGUCUCAGAUUGGUUUGGCCUGUGACAGCCACAGAGACACAUGGACACAGGCCCCAGCAGGUAGAGCAGUUCUGACAAUCCAAAUAAAAUCCCUACCCUGGCAAAAAGAA